AUCACUAGCUUUUGGCUGCGCGCUCUGGGUUCUCGCCUGUGGGUUUUAGCCAAGGCUGCAGCGCCCGGCGCCCGAGCAGUGAGCGCGGCAGCGGCUUCUUCCGGCGCCCGCACCCGGGCGAUGCGAUUUCCCGAGCCCCCGGGGCGCAGCCAGGGCGCACGCUCCCCACCACCCGCCGCGCCCGCGGGGCCUGGGAGCUGCCGCACCUAGGGUGGAGGCUGGGAAGGGGAACUGAACGGCUCGGCCUCCCUCCCCCACCCUCACCCCAUUCACCUCGGCUACCGCCGUGAGCCGGGAAACUGCUCGUGGGACUCCGCGACCGGGAUCUCUGCACGCUGCCGAGGGAGGCGGCAUCGCCGCUCCUCGGUGGGCUGCGAAGAAAAUGGUGCAAUCUGAGAGCGGCUGACCCCAGCUGGGCAGAGAGGCUGACCCCAGUUGGUGCUAGAGUGCCGGGCUCAGGUGGCGGGUGAAGGGGGGCGGACUGUUUUGAGCAGCCGGGCCGGGGCCGGGGCGGGUGUUUGCUUCGGUUCCUGCAACGUUUCUUUGCACCUGGGCAGCACGUUUCCGGAGCUACCCGGGAAGCAGAAGUGAGGCGGCGGCGUCGCGGAGCGGCGCAUCUGGAGGAGAGGCCUGGUGGACACUCCCGAAGCAAGAAGACGGCGCUGGGGAGAGCGGCCUGACGCCCGGGCGGCUGGAAGCUGGGCGGGCGCUGAGCUGCUGCCGCGCGACCUGUCCAUGGUGUUGAAGGCUCUGUGCGCUGUGUCCCGCGCGCCCAGCCGCGCGCCCAGCCGGGUGCGCCUUCCUCGGCGCAGGCCGCCCUUUGCACCUUCCAGGGGCCGCCUGGUCGUCGCAAACCUUGGGCCAAGACUUGUCCCGUAACGCUGUUCGGGUGACUGCGCCGCUGGCCCGAGGGGCCGCUUGAAUGGCGAGGCCGGAGGCAGACGACCCAGGAGCUCUCAGGGAAAGGUCGGCGGCGACCCGGCGCCUGCGGCCCCUUCUCUGAGCGCAGCUCGGUUCUCGGCCAGGCGGAGUAAAGGACCUGCUCGUGACCAGAGAACGUAGGUUUUAGAAAGACCCGACUCAGAGAGGAAGAGCAUUUCUCCUCUUGCAGGCCGGAAGGGGGAGAGUCGCUGAGAAGGAGAUCCAGGCGGGACUCAGGGCAACCGGCCCAGACAUCUCGAGGUUUCCUCGGUGGACCGGCCGCAUCGCGGGUGUUUCACCCCCCGUGGUCUAACAGCGCCUGCAGAGAGCCGCCACCCUCUCCCCCCACCCCCCGACGAAAGCCAGGCGAUCGGUCCUGUCUCCCUGCACAAAGAAAGCCCGGUAGCCCCUCCACCGCCGAGGGUACUGGUAUUUAGUUUCCGGCUGGAGGGGCAGCGGUGCCCGAAACCCGGCAGCGCGCGAGGCGGCGGGUUCGGAGCGGUAGCUUCCUGCGGGGCGGGAAGGGGCGGGAGGCGACCUUGCCCAGCUAGCCGCCGCGGGAGGCUGCCCCUACCCCUGACGAUGCCCAGGAGUCCGCCGAAGCAUCUGGGAAUCAGAACUUUUUAGGCCCUCGCGCGCAUCCCCGCAGUCCCCGGGCCGCGCAGCGGCAGGCAGGCGGGGACCGAGGGGGCGCCGCCGCACGAGCCCCCCUCCAGGCUACCCCCCCUCCCGGCUCGGCUGCCCGCCGCUUUGUUCCGGGCGCGCGGAGGGAAGGCGAGGCUGCGGCGGAUCAUGCCCAUGGUGUAGCCGCGAAGCGGAGGCAUGGCUGCCGGAAGGUUACUGCUCUACACGGGCCUCUCGCUAGCGCUCUGCGCCCUCGGCAUGCUGGCCGUGGCCAUCUGCUCGGACCACUGGUACGAGACGGACGCCAGGAAGCACAGAGACAGGUGCAAGGCCUUCAACACCCGCCGGGUCGACCCUGGCUUCAUUUACAACAACAACAACAACUUGCCGCUUCGGGCUAGCCGCUCGCGUCUGGAUCGCUGGGAGGGUAAACUCCUCCGGGCCCGGAAUCGCCGGCAGCUCUUCGCCAUGAGCCCGGCUGAUGAGUGCAGCCGGCAGUACAACUCCACCAACAUGGGUCUCUGGAGGAAAUGCCACCGGCAGGGCUUCGACCAAGAGAUCGCCGCCCUCAUUCGGAAAGGAGAAAUCGAGCGAUGCACGUACAUCAAAUACCACUACUCCUCAGCCACCAUCCCCAGGAACCUCACUUUCAACAUCACGAAGACCAUCCGUCAGGAUGAGUGGCAUGCGCUACACCUGCGCAGGAUGACGGCCGGCUUCAUGGGCAUGGCGGUGGCCAUCAUCCUCUUCGGCUGGAUCAUCGGCGUGCUGGGCUGCUGCUGGGACCGAGGCCUUAUGCAGUACGUGGCAGGGCUGCUCUUCCUCAUGGGAGGAACCUUCUGCAUCAUCUCACUGUGCACCUGUGUGGCUGGGAUCAACUUCGAGCUGUCGCGUUACCCACGCUACCUGUACGGGCUCCCGGACGACAUCAGCCAUGGCUACGGAUGGUCCAUGUUCUGUGCGUGGGGGGGCCUGGGCCUCACGCUCAUCUCGGGCUUCUUCUGUACCUUGGCCCCCUCUGUCCAACCUGUCCCGAGGACCAACUGCCCUAAAUCCAGACCCGAGAAUGGGACAGUGUGCUAAAAAACAAACCCACUCCUAUAUAUAUAUAUAAAUAUAUAUAUAAUAUACAUAUAUAAAACCGAACUCAAUCAAGAUGAUGCCAGUGCCGAGGGAGAGUUGACUGGCCCAGGCACCCGCAUCUCGUCCGACUCUGUGUUGCCUCAUCGCCGAGAUGGGGACACGUUCCCAUCCUGUGGCUCUUCCAUCACUUAACUCGUGGCUCCAUGAUUUCUUGAAGACAGAGUGAAGGUCACCGCCUGCCAUGGCGCCCCGUCCCGUCCCUCUGGAGGACAGGGUGGGGGCUGGGCAGGGACAGGGCCCGUGGUCUGAAGCCGAGUCUGCAGGAGAGACCAGCACCCCCACCCACCCCCACCGGGAAGCGAAGCCCUCAGUGCCCAGAAUGUAACCACCUCCUGAGGCCGUUUGCAGAAACUGCUGCUCCUGGCCCGAGGUCCUUCCUGGCCAGACCACAGAGGUGGGAGAGGAAGCAGACGGAGAAGAAGCAGACGGAGAAGGAAGCUCUCUCUAACUGCCAACUCGUCGACACAGCCUCAGAGGUGGGAUGGGGGGCACGCUGAGAGGCAGAGCCCCGUCGCGAGGGACAGGGCACGCUCAGAAGUCCAGUCUCACCUUCCAGCUGCCUUACACCCAGUACAACAGGAGGCCGCCCUGCCCCCCACCUGCACCCCGGCAGGCGGGAGCCGUGGAGUGAUGUGUGAGUGUGGGUGUGAGUGACGACUUCCGGUGAUUUCCUUUUCUUUUUUUUUUUUUUUGCCUUUUCACCUUUUAAAUAGAAACACUGCGUGUCCACUGUUGUCUCUGUCAUCGGUGUGAGUUUCACGGCCCCGGAUGGAGGCCAGGAGACCUGGGGGAGCAGUGAGGGGCAGGCCCCGAGGGGCUGCUACUUCUGCAACUGGCGUGCGUGCGUGUGCGGGGUGUUCUCGGAGUGGGGGGAUCUGUCGCCGGGGGUGCGGUUUUCUGUUAUUUGCAGCACAGCUGAAAUUCCCGGCGGGCAGAACCCGCCGGCUUCGCGCCAUGGCGGAACUGGACGCCGCAGGAGGGCACCCCGACGUGACGUGCGGAAGGUGAGACUCAGCUGGGCACAUCCCGCCGCCAGAGAAGGGGGCCACGGCUGAGGAGGGAGAAGGCAAGUGACUCGGUUGCUGUCCUGCGCCUACCAGUCAAGACCUUUCCCUCCCUGUCGUGGAAGCUGUCCUUUGCCACUGGACAUCGGCCCCCUUUCCUGGGGGCCACCUGUACAGAUGGAAGAAAACGGGUCCCCUGCAGAGCGCCCUGCCGGGUCCCGUGGGCUCACGCGUGUAUGAUACCGUGUAAAUUCCCGAGGACGUCACUCCACCCCCUGCUCCCCGCAAGGCCGUGAAUCCCAGAAUAGCCGACUUGGUGGCUGGCACCCAGAGGUGGCAGAAGUGUGGCCCAGUUUCUCAGGCUCCUGGAGCAAGCCGGCCCGCGGGCCUCGGCGCGCUGCGAGGCCAGCCCGAGCGCAAGGCUGUAGUGCAGGAGCCGGCAGGCGUGGGCAGGGGGGCCGGAGGUCACCGGUCUCCACCACCUCCCUGCCCUGCCGGGUC